AUGAGCGGCGCCUCUGGCUCGCCAGCGUGGGCGCUCACUCCGAGCGCGUUCGCAGACCUGCCUCUGCACGACUUUUUGGACCAGCGGCGUGCAAACGGCACGUCGUUCAUGCUGCGAGAAGGCCGCGACUCUCUCUCACGGGGCGACUGCCUCGCGCUGGUCGCUGCGAACCGACUACUAACCCGCGUCCCUUGCGGCGGCGCCGAAAGCGCUCGGUGGGUGUACGAUUCCACCACCAUGGCCUUUCACCCCGCGCAAGACACGUCCCUGUGCCUCGACAUCUUCUCUUUCUCCUCUCUCGGCGUGUACUGGUGUCACGGCGGCCCCAACCAGCUCUUUCGGAGCUCGGAGCGGGAGGUGCACUGCUCGCCCUACGACGAGCGCUUCUGCGUGUCGGUCGUGAGCGGCCGGUCGGGCGAGGAUGCACGAAGGAGAGGCGAGGAGGGACCCAAAGACGAACUGCGGUGA